GGUUCUCCCUGCCCGGGCUGCCCCGCCACCCCGACCGGCUCGCGCCCCCGAGCGCCCCAUUGGCCUCCUUUCGGCCUCAGUUCAGCCCAGCCCAGACUUCGGAGCUGCUGCUGGUCGGGACAUGGUCCUUUGCGUCCAGGGAUCUUGUCCUUUACUGGCUGCGGAGCGGAUUGGGCGGCGGCCCCCCUGGGCCCAGUCCCUAGAACUGCCCGAUCCGGCCAUGCAGCCCCUGCCGGCAGGGGCCCUCCCGGAGGAGGUGGCAGAGGAGACCCCCGUACGGGCGGAGAGUGAGCCAAAGGUGCUGGAUCCUGAAGAGGAUCUGCUGUGCAUAGCCAAAACCUUCUCUUACCUCCGGGAAUCUGGCUGGUACUGGGGUCCCAUCACCGCCGGCGAGGCCCGGCAGCACCUGCAGCAGAUGCCGGAAGGGACGUUCCUGGUGCGCGACAGCGCCCACCCGGGCUACCUGUUGACACUGUCCGUCCAGACCGCCCGCGGCCCCACCAACGUGCGCAUCGAGUACGCCGACUCAAGCUUCCGCCUGGACUCCAGCUGUCCGUCCCGGCCCCGCCUGCUGGCCUUCCCAGACGUGGUCAGCCUGGUGCAGCACUACGUGGCCUCCUGUGCGGCUGACGCCCCGGCCCCCGCUGCACCUGCCCCGGCCUCACCAGCGCCCAAACGAGAAGCGGCGGCGGCGGCGCCCGGGGAGCCAGCCCCACCUGGUGGCGCGGUGCACCUCCGACUGGCACGGCCCUUUGUGCGCGGGGCCAGUGCCCGCAGCCUGCAGCACCUGUGCCGCCUGCUCAUCCACCGCCUGGUGAGUGACGUGGACGGCCUGCCGCUGCCCCGCCGCGUGACCGAGUACCUCCGCCGCUACCCCUUCCGCCUCUGACUGCACGGGGCCUCGCAGGAGCCGCACGCCACCAGCCGGACAGACGGCCAGCCGGACAGGCACCCCGGGCCGGACUCGGGGCUCUCGUCCUCCGCACAGGUGGCCGGCCAGAUCAGAGCAGGAGAACGGGGCGCCCCGGGAUCCGUGGAGCUCCCUCUCAAGGGACCUCGGGUCAGCGGAGGGGGAGAGGAGGUGGGACCUGGUGUCCCCCCCCCCCCCGGCGGGCUGGGCCCUGACCCUCCCCUUCCCCCGGCCACCCUGAAACAACGGAGACUUUCCGGGUCCCGAUGUCUGCACCCGCAGGCAGGGGCGGCCCCUGACCUCCCACUGGCCUCCGCUCCUAGGGGGACGUGAAAUCGGGGUUCACCUUGAUGGACCCCCCCAUGGAGGAGAAGGGGGUAAGAGACAGGCCGGGCCAGGGGCUCUGGGAAGGCCAGCACGGCCCCUGGUAUUUAUUUAUUUAUUCUCCUUGGGGGUCGGCCUCGGAUCCAGCUGCCAAACCCCCCACCCGUGGGUAGCCCCUCCAGACACUCGUGGUGGGGUCUCGGGUUGUUCCUGAGUACCCCGGCUGCCCACCAACAACAACUUGGGGAAAGGGGCCACCGGGUCCGCGUCCUCAUCUGGCACCGGGCCAGCCGGAGAGGCGCAGAUCUGAGGAGACUUGAUAAAACCACGGUG